GACUCAGCCCACGGUGGGAGGGGGCCCCAGGCCCGGCUUCCCUGCAGCCCUGCAGCGGGAGGUGGGUUCCUUGAAUGGGAAGACUCAGUUUUCUCCAAAUGUGAACUGUUUCCAUGUUUAUCAGUUUUACAUAAACUGAAUGAAGAUAUCAAGGUUUUAUCAUUUUUGCAUGACACUUGCUAUCUAUCUUACCAUUGUGAUGACAUUUAAAAAUGUUUAUAAUGGAGUGAAAAGACUUGCUCCUCUAGAUAUCAAAAUGUGCUAUUAAUUCCCACAAUUAAUUAUUUACUAACAGCUGAAAACACAGAUAAAUAAAUGGAACAGAACAGGAAAUCCAAAAACACUGAAAUAUAUGUAAGAUAUAUGCAUAGGGAUGGAUAAUGGUAACGUUUCAGAUGAGUAGGAAAGGAUGAGUUAUUAAUAAAAGGCCUGCUGUGUGAAGAAAACUAAUGAAACUUUAUGUCGCAAAAAUGAGUUCCUGAUGGAAUUCAGACUGAAAUUUUUACACAUGCAAAAUGAGAAAAAGUACCAGAAGAAAACGCAAAGACUUAUUUAUACAGGUAUAUUUUCCGUUAACAAAGGCCUUCGUAAGAAUGACCUCGCAAGCAGGCAUUCUGAAGGUUGAUUUAGCAAACUAAAAAUUAAAAUCCCCUGUGUAUCAGAAAAAAAUUAACAAAAGAUAACACUCGAAAAAUAUUUCCUAUGUAUAUUUUUACUAAUAUAUAAAAAUAUAUAUUCAGAUGAAAAGUGUAUCUUCAUCCUACAGGGAAUUUAUUCUUUAUUAUAUAUAAUACACAUUACUGAUCAUAUGCAUAAGAAAUUGUAUAUAUUACUAAUAUAAUAUGUUAUAUAUAUAUAUCAGUUAUAUAUAUACAGAUAAAAAGCACAUCUUUAUUUUACAGGGAAUUCUUUCCAAUCAAAUCCACAAGAAAAGAAUUCUAGAAGUGAGCAAAGCACUUUUUGCAGAUUCACAAGUUACUUAUGUACAUAGGAAAAAAUCCUUAGUGUUUCUCAUAAGGUAAUUUAAGUUAAAAGAGGAGUGAGCCUGUGUUCUAUCCACAGUGUUUGUGAGAAUGAAGAGCAGUGGUACUUACACUGCUGCUAGAAGUUUAAGUUGCUGAUGACUUUUCAAGUGGAUAAUUUGGAGAUAACUAGCACAGUUUUGGGUAACAAAUAAGAUUGCAUUCUGACAUGGUGUCAUAAAUCAUAUCUAAAAGCCGUGAGGUCACAUAGAACUUGUUUAUGUAACAGGAUAGAACAAGACUCAUUGUUCUGAGAAUAUAUUGCUCACUCAUUUUAUCCUCAGUCACGAUGAGUUUUACAGCCUAUGUGCAGUAUUGAUGCCACUGAAUAAGCAUUUAUUUUUGAUGAAGAUACAACUUUUCUCCUCAUGUUCAGUUGAGAGUUUGCAACAACAAGUUCAUUCGUGUGCAGAAUGAAGGAACUGGAAAAAGUUCUUGGUGGAUGCUCAAUCCAGAGGGUGGCAAGAGCGGGAAAUCUCCUAGGAGAAGAGCUGCAUCCAUGGACAACAACAGUAAAUUUGCUAAGAGCCGAAGCAGAGCUGCCAAGAAGAAAGCAUCUCUCCAGUCUGGCCAGGAGGGUGCUGGGGACAGCCCUGGAUCACAGUUUUCCAAAUGGCCUGCAAGCCCUGGCUCUCACAGCAAUGAUGACUUUGAUAACUGGAGUACAUUUCGCCCUCGAACUAGCUCAAAUGCUAGUACUAUUAGUGGGAGACUCUCACCCAUUAUGACCGAACAGGAUGAUCUUGGAGAAGGGGAUGUGCAUUCUAUGGUGUACCCGCCAUCUGCUGCAAAGAUGACCUCUACUUUACCCAGUCUGUCUGAGAUAAGCAAUCCCGAAAACAUGGAAAAUCUUUUGGAUAAUCUCAACCUUCUCUCAUCACCAACAUCAUUAACUGUUUCGACCCAGUCCUCACCUGGCACCAUGAUGCGGCAGACGCCGUGCUACUCGUUUGCGCCACCAAACACCAGUUUGAAUUCACCCAGCCCAAACUGCCAAAAAUAUACAUAUGGCCAAUCCAGCAUGAGCCCUUUGCCCCAGAUGCCUAUACAAACACUUCAGGACAAUAAGUCGAGUUAUGGAGGUAUGAGUCAGUAUAACUGUGUGCCUGGACUCUUGAAGGAGUUGCUGACUUCUGACUCUCCUCCCCAUAAUGACAUUAUGACACCAGUUGAUCCUGGGGUAGCCCAGCCCAACAGCCGGGUUCUGGGCCAGAACGUCAUGAUGGGCCCUAAUUCGGUCAUGUCAACCUAUGGCAGCCAGGCAUCUCAUAACAAAAUGAUGAAUCCCAGCUCCCAUACCCACCCUGGACAUGCUCAGCAGACAUCUGCAGUUAACGGGCAUCCCCUGCCCCACACGGUAAGCACCAUGCCCCACACCUCGGGUAUGAACCGCCUGACCCAAGUGAAGACACCUGUACAAGUGCCUCUGCCCCACCCCAUGCAGAUGAGUGCCCUUGGGGGCUACUCCUCCAUGAGCAGCUGCAAUGGCUAUGGCAGAAUGGGCCUUCUCCACCAGGAGAAGCUCCCAAGUGACUUGGAUGGCAUGUUCAUUGAGCGCUUAGACUGUGACAUGGAAUCCAUCAUUCAGAAUGACCUCAUGGAUGGAGAUACAUUGGAUUUUAACUUUGACAAUGUGUUGCCCAACCAAAGCUUCCCACACAGUGUCAAGACAAUGACACAUAGCUGGGUGUCAGGCUGAGGGUUAGUGAGCAGGUAAGUUCACCCCAAUAUCAAAAGACCUUUUGAAAAAUAGAACUUAAAAGCGAGGAACACAGUAACUUGCCAUGGUUAGCACAUCUUUGAUGUCAACUGACUGCCCCUUGCAGAGAGGGAUCUUUUAUCAUUCAUUCUCUGUCCUUUUUGCAGCUUACAGUUUUCCUUCUGAGCUUACACAGAAGGAAGCUUCCUUUAACUGCUUUAAAAAUUUCUUUUUGACAGUUCGAUGGCUGCAUCUUUUUUAGUAGCUCUUCAAUAAAUGAAUACAUUUGAUAUAAAUCAAAUGCUGAAGGGUUUUUUGUAAAGUAGAAUUUUCCCCAUUGAAUGAUUUUAGAGCUGUUUGAGAAAGCUCUAGCUUUUUGCCCCUAAGUAUGUCUGUCACUCUUAACAUGUUAAGUUGAAUUGAUUUUAAUUUGGCUAUAUUUUCAUUGUGUGUGUAUGUGUGUGUGCGUAUGUAUGUGUUU